AUGUGGGUUGAUUCUGCACUCUGCACAUUCGCUACUUUGCAUGCCUUGUACCAGGGGAGCAUAUCUCAAGUCAGUGUCGUUGACUGCCCAAAUCUUGCAACCUUCUCCUGCCAACAUGGCCAGUGCCCUGCUCGGGUGCACUCAUGUAGCUCGAAAUGUGAACUUGACUUAAUGGUUGGCAUAAUCGUGGCAAAGGUUGGACCUCUCUCACCGCAUUCUCGAUCUUGCCUGGUUCUGUCCGGAGUGCCUCACAAGUUUGGCAUGGGUGUUGAGAAUAGCUCUGGCUGCAAUGCCAGGGUGAUCAGCCAGGCCUGGCUGGGUCCCCCAGAAGUUGAUGCCGCGAUUGCUGCCAGCACGCCUGCAAAAUUCAUGGUUAUGGCACGGCCGGUGCUCCUCAAUCCAGGGAUAUUCCGACUCAUGGGUCCGGGUCAGUGCUCAUGCACCCCCAGGCAAGACAGGUUUUGGAGAAGGACACCCAGCGAAGCCUCGUCUCGAAGAACGCCCUUGUGCGCUGUGCGGUGGCCGUGUAUUGGUCUCAGCAGCUAG